ACAGUCAGGCACCUGAGUGUUGCCCUACACAGUCAGGCACCUGAGUGUUGCCCUACACAGUCAGGCACCUGAGUGUUGCCCUACACAGUCAGGCACCUGAGUGUUGCCCUACACAGUCAGGCACCUGAGUGUUGCCCUACACAGUCAGGCACCUGAGUGUUGGCCUACACAGUCAGGCACCUGAGUGUUGACCUACACAGUCAGGCACCUGAGUGUUGACCUACACAGUCAGGCACCUGAGUGCUGGCCUACACAGUCAGGCACCUGAGUGUUGGCCUACACAGUCAGGCACCUGAGUGUUGCCCUACACAGUCAGGCACCUGAGUGCUGCCCUACACAGUCAGGCACCUGAGUGUUGGCCUACACAGUCAGGCACCUGAGUGUUGGCCUACACAGUCAGGCACCUGAGUGUUGGCCUACACAGUCAGGCACCUGAGUGUUGGCCUACACAGUCAGGCACCUGAGUGUUGCCUACACAGUCAGGCACCUGAGUGUUGGCCUACACAGUCAGGCACCUGAGUGCUGCCCUACACAGUCAGGCACCAGGUGUAUGGGCCUGAGUGUCUUAAGUGUUACCUAACAUAGCGAGCACCAUUGCUGUCGGUGCUCAUAAAUCUAUAAAAUCACCAGAUCCUACCAGAAGAUCCUACAGGAAUCGUCGCCAUUGCUCGCCUCCCAUUCGUCAUACACCUGGUCACUCUACUCCUGCCCGCUACAAGCAACUCAAACCCAUAAUUCCAACACUUUAGAAAGAAAAUUGACGGCGAGUCAAGUUAGAGAAAAACUGCACAAAAGUUCUUUACGAUAAACUCCUCUGCUACACAAUGGUAUAUUCUACAGUGAAUUAUUGCUUCACGUUAUGGAUGGAAGUGGCUUCAACAGCUUCUACCUUCAAUACAUUCUACCAGUAUUUGCAGACCACUUGUACAUGAUUGAUUAGAAAAACCUAUUAUGGUGAUGUACACGGACAGAACGGUAUUGAAACUCGGUAGUGUUCAGAUGUUUACAUAUGAUAAGUAAACAAAUUAGAAUUUGUGUAUUGACAACAUUUUCAUUGUUCAGUAUCUUAAACAUAUUGCAUAAAUUUACUUUAUUUCAUCAUGGCAGAUCAUACAGAAAAAGCCGAGCACGAGUGCCCAGAAUGUUCUAAAAACUUGGCAAAUAAAUCUAGUCUUAGGAAACAUAUAAAAAGACAUAAAGAAAAGCCUAAUCAGUGUUCAGUGUGUCAGAAAAUGUUCAAACAAAAAAGUGCUUUAGAGAUACAUUUGAAGAUUCAUACAGGAGAGAGGCGUUUUCAGUGUUCCGAAUGCGGCAAGAGUUUUACUCUUAAUUCAGAUCUAGUUAGGCAUAUUAGGAUACAUACUGGAGAAAAACCUUAUCAGUGUAUUGUGUGCUUUAAAACCUUUUCAGCAAGUACAUCUUUAACUAAACAUAUGAAGGUUCAUUCGGAAGAGAAACCGUAUCAGUGUCUUGAGUGUACUAAAAGCUUCAAAAGAAAAGAUGAUUUGACUAGCCAUGGUAGGGUUCAUACUGGAGAGAAGCCAUAUCAAUGUCUUGAGUGUCUUAAAUAUUUUACGGAAAAGUCUAAUUUAGUAAAACACAAGAGGAUACAUACGGGGAAAAAACCACAUCAGUGUCCGUUAUGCCUUAAAAACUUCUUAAGAAAAGGUGCUUUGCAAACACACUUGGUGUAUCAUUCUGGAGAGAAAGCAUAUCAGUGUGGGGUAUGCCUUAAAAGAUUUCCACUGAAUACAGAUUUAAGAAAGCAUAUGAGAGUUCAUACAGGAGAGAAGCGAUAUCAAUGUCAUGAGUGCAUGAAAUUUUUUAGAUAUAAAUAUUCCCUCGUAAGUCACAUGAGAAUUCAUACAGGUGAAAAACCAUUUCAGUGUGAAGUGUGUUUUAAAGACUUUAAAGAUAGACAUACAUAUGUGAUUCAUUUAAGAGUUCAUACGGGAGAGUUGACGUAUUACUGUUCAGAAUGUCCCAAAAAAUUUGUAAGAAAAAGUGAGUUCGUUGCACAUCAGAGGACCCAUACAGGUGAGAGACCUUUUCAUUGUUUAGAAUGUCCUAAAAGCUUUUCAUACAAACCUUAUUUAACAAGACAUAUGAGGGUUCAUACCAAAGAGAAAUCAGAUGAUCCUUCACAGUGUCUCAGAAAUCUUAAAGGAAAAUGUAAUAUUUUAGGACAUUCAGUGAUUCAUACAGAAGACAAACCGUAUCAGUGUCUCGAGUGUCCUGGAAGUUUUUCUGAUAAAUAAUAAUUAUUGUGAGUUUGCACCAAGAGAAGAAUUGAUACAAGUGUGAAUGUCCGAAGGAUAUCACCAACUACUGUAUACUAGUCACCAGGCCGUGACAAGAUACUAGACUAUGCGACUGUUAACCUUAGAAAGACGAGUAACCUUGCUAGUUAUCUUGCCCUAAUAAUGGCACAGGAAGCACAUGGGGGAAGAGCAAUCUUAUAUCCCACUGAGACAACUGCUUCCUAUGACACAAACUAUUCAUACCACACCACAUUCCUUGUAAAUGACUCUUGGCAUCUUGCACCAAGAGUCAUUAUGAACUAAUGAAGCUCUUUAACUACCUCAUCCUCCUACAUGUGGCAGCCCUACUGGAGCCCAGGGUUGAGGGAGCUGCCCACCUCAUUUAUAACUCUUUCACUGCUAGAGUCAAUUGCUGCUGCCCAUAGAAAAUUUAUUGUUCACUAACAUAAUCGACCUCGGUCCAUGUGUCUCGGAAAACAUUCCCAAAUCAAGUAAUAUGUGACAAAGUCCUUUGGCCUGCAAACCUUAAUCCCGAAAGUACUGCUGUUACCAUCAGAGUCAAAUGUCAGCAAGUGAUAGUACCCAAAAUGUUUAAGAAAGCCUCCCACAAACCCUCACUCUUUUUCCCUCACUUCUGUUAACAAAAAAUGACAUUUCAAUGUGUUGUUUGUAUACUGUAUUAUUGCAUGCACAAAGAAAUAAAAGUGAAACUCGCUUAACGAAUACUUACUCUGUAACAAACUAGGCUGGUUGUAAGAAUUAUCCAGAGUGGUUUAUCGACAAAAGAGAAUGGGAAGAGAAUACGAAUAUUUGCUUUAUCAUACAUACAUACACUCGCCCUAUUGUUGUUUAUCUGUCUGACUGAGUUUUAGUAUGCUCUGAUCUGUAAUAAUCGGUGUUCCUCAUUGGCUAUCCUCUCAUAUUCUCAGUUUUGUUAGUACAUAUCACAAUGGAAUUUCUUCCCCAAAAAAUACUACAUGGAUAAAGGCCAUAGAAGAAGGUUUUAGGCAUGUUACACAUUUUGGAUAAUGCAACAAAUUGUAGAUUAAACCAAUGGGGAAAUAGGAACAGUACGAGAGUGCUGGCAGUCGUACAAUAUUAAUGCUUUUGACAGUGUUACUGUUGCUUGGAAGGUUGAAACAAACAAAAUUAAAUACAUGCUGGGAAAAGCUGUGAAUAGAAUGCAAAAAUUACCACUUUUUUGUGAGAUACAUAAUGAUGUCCAUCAGACCUGGUUGAUACCUGGUUGAUGGGGUUCUGGGAGUUCUUCUACUGCCCAAGCCCGGCCCGAGGCCAGGCUUGACUUGUGAGAGUUUGGUCCACCAGGCUGUU